GCGGUCGCGGCGAAGAGGGACACACGCCGAAGAGAGGAGAGUCUGAUUCGGACGAAGAAGAAGUGGUACCGACGCUGGGGCAAGCAGAAUCGUACGAACCUCCAUCGCGACCGCAUCGUCGCGUAUCCUUCCCUUUCGCACGCGCGCACGAAGAAAAAAACAGAAGAAAACGAACCCUGUUAGCGCAUUCGAUUUCGCGAGAUUUUUCGACCGACUCGAAUUAGCGGUACUUGAAGAGCAAACCGGAAAGGCCAGCAGCUUGCAGCGACCAUGGUUUACGAGAGCGACUUCUACACGACCCGGCGACCCUACACGCGACCGCUCGUCUCUUCCUACACUGUCUCGACGGAAGCUAAGAAGCAGGACUAUUUCCCAUGGGAGAAGGUGCCGUUUGUGCCACGACCGUCGCUGGUGCCGGAGCCUUUCACCGUGUGGGGUCGCAAGAAGCAGGACCCUCGUGAUGAGUUCUAUCAGUACGCCACUCUACCGGACAAGGAAGGUGUAGUACGUGGUAAGGACGUUGCCAAGGAGGAUCAUAUUCGACAGCUGGUGGAUCGUGGAGCUGUUUCAAAAUAUCGACCCAUUACCAUCAUACCGUUCUCCAGCAAUGUCAUACCACUCUCCAGCGUCAUCCAGUUGAGGACCGUUCCUCACAUGCCAUACGUGGCACACAAGAGACUCGUCACCAUAGUUCACUCGCCGAUCCAUCAUGUGUACUACGCUGGCGCAAUGAUACCGAUAAGAGUGCGAACGCGCGUGCGGCCCAGCAUCCUUGCAGCUGAGUUCAACAGGAUACGCGCCCUGCCGAGACCAUCUAGCCGAUCCUACAUUGAAGAGUAUCUAAAUUCUCGAUACAACAUACUUUUCGACGAUGAGGCAAGGGAUAUUCGCGCGAAAGUGGAUUCUCUUCUUCGACGUGUCCAUGUGUUCGUGCCAAGAGCAGUGGCAAGUGACUUCAUCGAGGAGAUCAUCCCGGAACGUAUGCGCAGCCACGAUUACGUCCGUCGGCUGCUCAGCGGCCGCAGCAACGCAAAGAAACAGGUUGAUUAUCUGAGUUGGUACGAAGUGCCUGACCGAGGUGCAUUCGGCACCCUGGCGUGCAUCAAAUAUGUCGCUGGCAAGCCGCAGUCCAUCAGAAAACCGUACUACAAGGUCGCGGAUCUUCGGCCGGCCGACAUCCGCAACGACGUCAACUUCCUCAGCUACUACAGCAAGAAUCGUCAGGCGGCCGCGACUGCCUCCUCGGGUCAGCCAAUGACAGAUCGAGAGAUGCGAAAGGUACGUGCAUUAGGCUACGAUUCAACAACCCAGGAAAAAAAAACUCUCGCUCCGGAAUCGGAAGAAAAAUCGGAGAAGAAAGCGAAAAAGAAGCCGGAACCGGAAGAAGAACCGGUACGUGAACCGGAAUCCGAACCGGAGCCCGAACCGGUACCCGAACCUGCGAAAGAACCGGAACCGGUUCCAGAACCUGUAAAACCAUCGAAACCGGCAAAGGCCUCGAAAGCGGCGAAAUCGGUAAAAUCCGCGAAAACGGUUGAGCCUAAAGCGGAACCGGAACCAGUAAAAGAAUCAGAAAUCAUAAAGGAACCAGAGCCCGAGCCGAUGCCGGAGCCAGAACCGGUAAAGGAACCAGAGCCUGUUUCAGAGCCAGAAGUGCCAGCGGAAUCAGUCGCGCAGGAUGUGCCAAUCGAAAGUGCAGAGGCUAUAAGUGACGAAGCUGAGGAAGAAAAGGUGAAGCAAGACAGAGAAGAUGCAAUGAGGAGAGCUGAGGAGUAUCUUGCUAAAGCAGCUAGAGAAGCGCACAUAUCGGUGAUGAUGGCCGCAGAGGAGGAACGCCUGCAGCUUGAGUUGGAGGAGAAAAAAGCGUGGGAGGCUCUGCAGCUUGCACAGGAACGAAAAGCUGAGCUUUCCCAGAUACUGGAAAUCGAGCAGCAGGAAGCUGAGAGGAAAGCAGAAGAGGAAAAGUUACAAGCUGAACGCGAGGAAGUGAACAGAAUAGAAGAGGAGGAAAGAAUAAUCAACCAGGCAAAUCUCGAUGCGCUCAUACAGGAGCAAGAACGAUUGAUAAUCGAGGAACAUCUCGAGGAAGUUCAAAAUCAAAAGCAGGAGCAGGAGGAGGCGGACGUCACACAGCUUGCAACCAAUGAAAACAAAGACGCCAGCUGCGCUGAGGAUCCGGUAGAUCUUGGCGAAAUAUCUGAUCAAGAAAAGGAGGAGAAGCUUUAUGAUGUUACCACAGAUGACGAAACACGGGUCGAAGAAGAAAAUGUCCACGAAGAGGAGCCCGAGACGACUGAAGAUCCGUUCGUUGAGGAGCCAGAAGGGGCUGAGAGCAAGCCGCAAACGGGACCGACGGCAGCUGAGGAUGGACCUCAAAUUGAGGAAGUUACUUCCGGCGAGGAAUUCGAAUGGGGUGAUCAAGACUCGUAAUUGAUUCGGUCCGACUGAUUCGGACCACUUCGCGGCAUCGAUGGACCACGUUCCUUUACUGUCAUCAUUAACGCUAAGAUAUAACACAUCUUCGUUAUCAUCCCCGCGAAUGUCAUUUAAUUCGUCAUCAAUGCAGAUAAUCACCGAUCGGUCACGCGACGAAGAAAUCUUAAUUAAUUUCCUUUUUAUUAGUCCUCUAUUUAUUUAUUCCCUUCAUUUAUUUAUUUAUUUGUAAAAUAUACACUUCACAUCUAGUUUCACGUUCAUCAGCGCACAUUUCGCAAUCAAUUUCAUGCGUCACAUUGCGUUGAUCAUAUUAGACAAACUCGCGGAUCGAUAUAAGUUUAAAACUGUGGAAUUUCUGGUAGCUAUUUUUUUAUUAGCUAAUCUCAGAAGGACUGAUCGGAGACUCGCCUAUGAUCUCCAUGCGAUCUGUGAGUAUUUAUACCUACUAUUUAUUUCAUUAUUGAUCGCACAUUUCUUUCACAUUAUAUCCCUCGUCGAAGAGUGGCAACCCGUAGAUCGAGUCUGACACACGUAUCGAUUUCCGUUGGUCUGCCGGUGGUGGUGAUUCGUUUAUAGUCUCGGAUAGUAAUCGGGUAGAAAUAUCGCGACGUAUUUUAGCCGUCCAUUCGGCAAUCGUGCAGUCGAGCUGGCUUGUCGUCGUCUAUUUUUACAGUAACAGCUUUGAAUUUCAGCCAUGAAAUUGGUUUGAUUGCGAUUGUCCGAGCGAUCGAUCGGAA